AUGGGGAGUGUUUCAAAGAUUAGGAGCAGCAACAAUGUCGAAAUUGUUCUUGUUUAUAUGUUCGUGUUUUUUCUAUUGGUUCAGAAUUGUUCAUCAGCAGUCCUCCGCUAUAUUCAUGUGCAUGUAGUUAAUGAUUUGGGUGAAAAUAUAGAUCUGAAAAUGCACUGCAAAGAAAAAAACGGGUUUCUUGGUGAUAGAUUGCUACAUUAUAAGGAGGACUACAAGUGGCAGUUUAUUGGAGAUGUUUUUCGUAGAAAAUUAUAUUGGUGCUGGAUGCAAUGGUAUGACAGUUCAGCUGGGCAUUGGGUUCAAGGAGACUUCGAAUUCUAUAACGCAGAAUCAUACUGGCCUAUAUGCCGUCUCAAUUGCGAGUGGUCUGUGCGUAAAGAUGGAGUCUAUCGCUAUAGUCACCAAUUGAGGCCAUGGGACUGGGAAAGGAUAUAUUCAUGGUGA